AAUUGCGUCAGUGGCGCAGGGCAGGCUUGAAAUGCGCCUGAUCUGGCCAGGCGGAUGAAAGUAGAGGCGCACUGUGGGGAGAGAGGAAAAAAGUUCUCAACAAGGAGAGGCAGGACUACUCUUAGGGAGCCCCUGCAGUCUCACUUUUUAUGCCUCCAAAAGACUUUACUUUCUACCCCUUUACAUUUUUGCUAUAUAACAGUGCUACUGCGUUUCCAAGAGAGAAACCCGACUUUUUUUUACAUUAAGUGAAGCCACCAGCACCAUGGAGCUGCUCUGCCUCGAAAUGGACACCAUCAUACGAGCUCGUCCCGAUCCGAACCUCCUGUGCGAUGACAGAGUCCUACAGAGCUUGUUGACCAUAGAGGAGAGAUUUCUGCCCCAAUAUUCCUAUUUCAAGGUCGUCCAGAAAGAUAUUCAGCCUUUUAUGAGGAGGAUGGUCGCCACUUGGAUGUUGGAGGUCUGUGAGGAGGAGAAGUGCGAGGAAGAAGUUUUUCCCCUGGCCAUGAACUACUUAGACAGAUUUUUAGCCGUGGUGCCCACCAAAAAGUGUAACCUGCAGCUGCUGGGAGCAGUGUGCAUGUUUCUUGCAUCCAAAUUGAAAGAGACUCGUCCAUUAACUGCAGAGAAGCUCUGCAUCUACACAGAUAACUCCAUAAGACCACAAGAGCUGCUGGAAUGGGAGCUGGUGGUGUUGGGGAAGUUGAAGUGGAACCUGGCGGCGGUCACUCCCAACGACUUCAUCGAGCACAUUGUGAGGAAGCUUCCUCUACCUGAGGAUAAGCUAGCGCUUAUACGCAAACACGUCCAGACCUUCAUUGCCCUCUGCGCCACAGAUUUCAAAUUUGCCAUGUACCCUCCCUCCAUGAUCGCCACAGGAAGUGUGGGGGCGGCGAUUUGCGGCCUACAGCUGGACUCAGCCGACAAGUCACAGUGGGGCGACAGUCUGACAGACCUGCUGGCCAAAAUCACAAACACAGAAGUGGACGUUCUCAAAGAGUGCCAGGAGCAGAUUGAGCGUGUGUUGGUGAGCAGCCUGCGCGAGGGCCGGCAGCAGCAGCAGCAGCAGCAGCAGACACAGAGGGGCCCCAGCGGAAAAGGCCUGGACGAGCUGGACCAGUCCUCCACCCCGACAGAUGUCCGCGACGUCAACUUGUGAACCACCAGAGGGCAGCGUUGCACCGGAUUUCAACAAAAAAGCAAAAACAAAAAACAAACAAAAAAAAAAAAACAUAAAAGCAUCCUCACAAAAAAUCUCUAUUUUUUUGAAAGAAGAAAAAAAGAACAAAACAGCAAAAAAAAAACAUUUAAAAACAAACAAGCCCUUGAAAGAAAGAGAAAAAAAAUGCUUGCUAGUUUUUGUAGAUUUCUAUUUUGCAAUACAAAAACAUGUGCCCUUGUAUCAUGAAAUCAAAGCUGUCUUAGACACACACACACACACACACACACACACACACACACACAAAGAAAAAAGAAAAAAACGAUAUUCCACGAUGUUCUGAUCUAAAAGAAUUUGAAAUGAGGACAAGAGGAGAAGCUCUGCAGUGCCUUGGAUACACAGAAGGGAAGCCAAUCAUAUUUUGCAUUCUGCUCAUGAUUGUACAGUAUGAUCAUUAAGUUAUAAUAUCUUAACCAUAGCUUGAUAAUGAGGCUCUUAAACACGGAAGUGGGGAAAACAUUCAGAAAUUGCAUAUAUGAUAUCACAGUGGGGCUUAAGUUUUUUUCUCUCAUUUUAUUAUUUUUUUUUUUUUUAGUAUUAUGAUUUUUUUUUUGGCUGUUGUUUUUUUUUUUUUUUUUUUGGUCUAAGAGGAGACACGUUGAAGCUCCUCAGGCCACGCGAAGGGUUUCUCCACACGGCUUUGCUGUGUGUCGGAGACGGAGAGCACGCAUCGAGAACAUUACGCCGAGUUAGUGGGUCCCAAUUCCAGGGAAGAUAGGAUUAUUAUUAUUGUUGUUAUUGUUAUUAAUAAUAUUAUAACAAUUAUUGUUAUUAUUAUUAUUAUUAUUACUGAACAUAUUUUGAAAUUCUGAGUAGUCGAGAAAUCAAUAAGCUCCUUUUGUCAGGCUGCUUGUUUGUGUGUGUCUGACUGUCGGUGGGUGCAGCGUGCAAGCCUGUGUGUCUGUCUGUGUACAUGCAUGUGUGUAAGUGUGUGUGUGUGUGCCUGUUUCCAUGCAUGCGUAUGUGUGCGUGCGUGCGUGUAUGUGCCUGUAUGUGUUCGACUGCUAUAUGUGAUCCCGUAUCUAUAUUAGCAGUGUGUGUUUCUAAGGCGUGAGGCACUUAAUCAAAUGUUCGAGUCGAGUCGUAGACUUAGUUCUAUAUUAAAAGACUAUGGGGCAAGCCGAAGCUACCGAUACCAUGUCCAUCAUUUUAACAGGGCAUCUAUGCUAUAUCACUGCCUUCGUGCAUUAACAAUGUAUCACGGUUCAUUGUUGGCCGACAAUAAACUCACGUGCAGGAAGAGUUAGAGAAAGCGGACGAGGCCGAGCGGGACGUUUCACUUGGAGCCCCCCCCCCCCUCCCUCGUCUUUCCGAGAGCAUUUUUUUCCUGAGGUCUUUCGCCUCAAAACUCAGAGGUCAUUUUGGGGUGUUUGUUGAUCACUGCCGUUCUUAUCCAUUACCAGAUACUUCACUUUUCACGUUGUUACUCUAUGGUGUUUCCUUAGUUGUGAAAGGUGUUUUUGAGGCUGCUUUGAGGAGUGACGGCCCGGUGCGAUGUCCCGAGGAAAGGAGGUCGAGAGAACUUUGACUCUUCUGUGUUUGGAGCGAGGGAGCAGGGAGUGGAGAGGAAGGAAGGGAUGAUGAGAGAGAGAGCAACUAGGAAGGCACUGUUGAACUGUGGAAGGCACGUGGGUGCACGGCACAGGUUGGUAGGGUGUGUACAGGUUUUUUUUUUUUUUUAGGUGUGCAGACGCAUGCUGCUGUGUAGGAGAUGGGGAUGAUAUAUGGCCAGUGGCUGGAAGAUACCGAACAAAAAAAAAAAAAAAAAAAAAAAAAAAUAUGACGCCCGAAGGCCUUGUGUUAAAAACUUUGAUAUGUGCAUAUUUGGCUGGAUUGAAUCAACUCGUUACGGAUGUCUACAGUGACACGGCUGAGUGAGAAAAACAAAACAAAACAAAACAAAAGCUCUUGGUUUCCACGUAAAUGGAAAAUAAACGAGGAACUGAGACUGUACGCUGCCAGAUCAUCAUUUGAGGAUGAACUUUUCUUUUUUUUUUUCGUGGGGGGGGUUUUAGAGAAGUACAGGAAGAUAAUAUACUAUCAAUGCAUCUGGAGUCCCACAUAGGGUUGUUUCACCUCCCCUAUAUGAUUGCAAUGGCAAAGCACUUUGAAAACAUGCUCCCCCAAGAGACAAAUGAAAUGAAAUGCGGUGGGUGGGGAUUGGAGAUGAAUGGAUGUUUUCUAUUUCCUUGUUAGCCUUUUUCUUUGGUUUACUUUGUAGGGCUGGUUUCCCAAUCGUCAGACGUACCCUGGUCGAGCAGGAGUCAAACAAAGACGCUUACCACAACUUAUGAUAAGAGGACAUUCCUAUUUGAGAAAGAAAAAAAAAAAAAAAAAAAACAUUCCUACUCAAAUCAAGUGCAAGUCGAAGGGGAGUCUGACCAUUUCAUGUAAUUUGAAAAACAAAUGCAAAAAACGCCAAUAUGAAUUGGAGAACGCCGACACACAUACAGCACAAAGCUGACUGAUCUGAUUCAUGGAUUUUAUUUUAUUUUAUUUCAUUUUUUUAAGUUUUAUUCCUUUUGGGGUUAUCAACAAAUGAAAUAUUUGUUUUACUUGAAUUUUUCUUUCCAUUUUGAUCUGCAUCACGGCAACGAAAAGUCACACGGGCAGCGAGCUACAAAAGACAAGGUGGUUAUAACAUCUGAUAUUUGCACAUGUUCUUCAGCGGGCAGUGAGGUUUUCGUUUUUUUAAGGUAGACCAGAGCCUUUUGUUCGUAGCCACCUUAACUGAUGUGCGUUGCAGUGGUUGGUCAGUUUGUUGUUUUUUUUUUUGUUUUUUUUAAUUAAUGGCGCUGCCUUGUGUUUGCAAUUGGUCUACAUUUUGUAGUUCAAGACUUGUGUCUGUCGGUCGGCGCCUCUGUCCCCCCGUGAGCUUUGCUGCUUCUAUCAGAUCAAUGGCAAGGGGGUUCACGAGCCAGAUGAGACCGAUGAUGAUUGAUGAUUUUUUUUGUUUGUUUGUUUUGUUUUAAAUCUCUUACACAGGACACAUGGCGUUACCGUAAUGAGGUAUCUUUGCCUUAUGCUUGAGUUUUCAUGAAAGUAUGUCGACUUUGCUGAGUGUACGUAUGUCAAACUGAAGAAAAAAUGUGGGGAUUUGAUGUUUUAGUGAGUGAAACGUUGUUCGGGAAAGCAUCUCGGAGGAGCUUACCUGAUUAAACCGGGACCGCCAAAACACCCCCUUCCCCUUCCCCCCUCCCCCCCACUCUCAACAAGUGAUAUGACCCCUUGAUUUUGUCUCUGUUGGCCUUAUGUAAGCUCUCUCCCCGUUGUACUGGUUGUGAUUUUUCUUUCCUGCGAUUUUACUGUUGCCUGUGUUAUGUAUUUGAGACCACCUUUCAAUUUGUGUUUGUUAUGUUUUUACGGGGUGACCAGAUCCACACAAAAGAAAAGAAAAAAAAAAAAAAACAUUUUCUAAGAUUUAGAGAUACUGUAUUCCAAAGUGAAGAGAGGACAGAGGAGGAGGAGUGAAGACAUCAAGAAAAAAGUGUCAAUAUUUUUAUUGAAUUAUUGUUGUCUUUUUGCGCUGCUAAAAGCUAUGAAUUUGUUUCAUUUCUUAUAUACAAAAAAAUAACAUUACCUAGUUGUGAUGUGUCACUUGAGUGUGCUGCUAUUUUAUAAACAUUUGUAUUAUAAUAUAAUUAUUUUACUGCUUAAGAGAUACAUUCAGAAAAACCGAAGUAGAUGGUGAUAGAAGAACAUGAAAUGAGUAUUCGACUGGAAAUGUUCUUUGUACAGUUUGACAGUUUGCUUAGAUAGCAUGUCUACCCCCCGACCCCCUUUUUUUGUUAUCUAUUUUGCUCUCCUUUUUCAGUCACAUUCUGCAUCAGUGGUAUUUCCUAUACCUCAGGAUUACUGGACAAAAAAAAAAAAAAAACACACACACACAAACAAAUCCAUCACCUAUACCUCUGCAGUUAGGGCGCCUGGAGAGGAAUGAUGCAGCGGGACAAAAAAAAAAAA